CGCCCGUCAUACAUUCCUGCUGCAGUUUCUCACUUGUACUCUAUCCACUUGUCUCUACAGCGCACCACAGUGGGCAGGUCUGGUCUCCGCCUCCCUGCACGUUUUUGAGACUACACCACGCCGUGCUUCUCUUCCACUCAGCACUUACUGAAGCUGCAGCGAUGUUUUCCUGCAGAGCGGCCUGGCAGAGGUGUGGGCCUCUGGCUCGGAGAGCGGCCUACAGGCUGCCCCUGGACGGUGUGCAGCGGCGGCCCAUGUCGUCAGUCCCUGGAGGCUCUGGGCAGAACAUCCUGUACACGGUGCUGUGUGGUGGAGCUCUGGUCGGCGCUCUGUCAUAUGGAUAUAAGACUGUGACCUCAGAUCACGAACGGUUUAAUGACCGCAUCAAUGAAAUCAGAUCCAGACCCAAGACUGAAUGGACACCUAAACCUUGGCCACCUAAAGGCCAAGAUGAAGACGGAGAAGCUGACGCUGGGGAAGAGGAAGCUGCUGCUACUUUUGCUGCUGAUGAGACAGAAACCAUAGUGGAGGAAGCAGCUGAGGUGGUCGCAGAGGCCGCCGAGGCGGUUUCAGAGGCCGCCGAGGCAGUCGCCCAGGUGGCACAGGAAGUGGAGACAGCUGCAGAGGAAGUAGCCAAAGUGGCUGAGGCAGUGGAAGAGGCUGCCCAGGCUGUGGCCGAACCUUCUGCUGUCGACGCAGAGGAGACGCAAAGCGAUGUGCCACUAGCAGCUGCUUCUGCAUUAGAGUUACUGAAGAAAGCCGAAGGAAAAGAUGACUUGGCAUCCAACGAUCAAGAACCGCUACCAACAGAAGUGGAAACACCUGUUGAAAAAGUGACCCCUACUGUUACAGAGGUCUUGACAUCAGAUGGAGAUACUUCAGUCAAAGCUGUAGCAGUUAGUGAGGAGACUGUUACAUCAGAGAAAGAUGGAAAGGUUUCUGGAACUGUAGAUGUAGCACCAGCCACGGAGUCUCCUACACCACUAGAGGUAGUGUCAGUAGAAGAAUCAGCAGCCUUUGCAGAAGUUGCACCAGUUGCUGAGGUGCUCCCUACACCAGGAGAGGUUGCACCAGUUGAGGAUGUCCCUGUACCCAUAGAGGUUUCAGCAGUGGAGGCCCCUACAACCAUUGAGGUUGCAGCAGUUGUUGAGGAGACUUUGACAACAGCAGAGGUUGCAGCAGUUGUUGAGGAGACUUUGACAACAGCAGAGGUUGCACCAGUUGUUGAGGACGUCCCUGUACCCAUAGAGGUUUCAGCAGUUGUUGAGGAGGCCCCUGUACCUAUAGAGGUUUCAGCAGUUGUUGAGGAGGUCCCUGUACCCAUAGAGGUUUCAGCAGUUGUUGAGGAGGCCCCUGUACCUAUAGAGGUUUCAGCAGUUGUUGAGGAGGUCCCUGUACCCAUAGAGGUUUCAGCAGUUGUUGAGGAGGCCCCUGUACCCAUAGAGGUUUCAGCAGUUGUUGAGGAGGUCCCUGUACCCAUAGAUGUUUCAGCAGUUGUUGAGGAGGCCCCUGUACCCAUAGAGGUUUCAGCAGUUGUUGAGGAAGCCCCUGUACCCGUAGAAGUUGCACCGGUUGUUGAGGAGGCCCCUGCACCAAUAAAGAUUACAGCAGUUGUCGAGAAGACUUUGAUACCAGCAGAGGUUGUGCCAGUUGUUGAGGAGACUUCAAAACAAGCAGAUGUUGAGGCAGUUGUUGAGGAGGCCCCUGUAGCCAUAGAAGUUGCUCCAGUUAUUGAUGAGGGCCCUGUACUUGUAGAGGUUGUGCCAGUUGUUGAGGAGACUUUGACACGAGCAGAGGUUUCACCGGUUGUCGAGGAGGCCUCUGCACCCACAGAGGUUGCUCCAGUCAUACAGGAGACUCCAGCACUAAUAGAUUCUAGCAAAGAAUACAUUGUUGUUGUCCUGGAAGGAACACCCAAAGAAGAGAAAAGACCCAAGGUCCUAGGAGUUGGCCCUAUGAUCGGUAGAAUCAUCCCAGCUCCAGAAGAUGACAGUACCCCUGCCUCUGAGGGUAGGCGACGUCUUCUUAGGAUUCAAAUGCAGUAGUAUCCAACAAAGUAAAGCACUCCUAAAUGAUGAUUUUCAGUCCUCCACUAGAAGAUGGAGGAUGUGCCUUUCUCCUAUACUUCAUCCUUCAGCUCUGAAAUACAAAGGGAGUAACUGGUUACACAUUACUGUCAUGGUACAGUGUUUAGAUCACCAGCUGCUUUAUUGAGCCCACAUAGCCCAUUACUGUGAACUGUCACAUGAAUAACUGUUGCAUUCUUGUCAGAUUGUUUUGGGCAUAUGGUUUUUGUUGUGUUGUUAGGAACAUUUCCUGUCUCCUCCGUGAACUACAAUCUGUUUACAGCUUUUGACUAAACUGAGCCUUUCAAACAUCCCAAAGCUUUUAUUGUUACACGUUAAAGUUUUAAAAACCACUCCAGUGGAAUAUGUUGACAUCGUGCAUCUCCAAGCACUGCCCUGCCACCAUAGUAUUAGCUCUCAAAGCGAGGAGAGUUUAGAUCCACCAGCACUGCGUUGUAGAAACCAGCCUCGGGUUUUUUCUCUGCUACUUCUGGUUCCAGGUGGAAUCACUCUGACUGUACUUUAUGUUUAUGAACAAACACGUGAAUCCAUGAGUAUGACCUUCUACCUCACUGUUUUCCCUCAUGUACAUCAUUUUAAAACAACCCUUUAGAGCUCUGUGCAAUCCAAUCAGUGUUAGGUUUCUUGCUCUGCAACAUAGCACUUAAACCAUUACCUUCACAAUGGUCCCAUUAAAUUGUAAUGGGGUCAUUUUUAAAAACACUCCAAGGAAAUGAUAUGAAUAAAGAAUAAUCAGCACCAGGUACCUGAUGUUAUAGCCACAGAUUAAGAUUGAAAAACAAAACUAGUAAGGGAACUGUAACUAUAGUCAGUAUCAUCUCUGUUUUACACAUACUGGAAUCAUCAUUGAAUCACUGAGUUAAAUUGGGAAAUAAAGCAGCCUCCUGUUCUUUCACUCUUUGUGUUUCUAUCCUGUCUUGUUUUUCUAUUUUUCUAGAGUUAACCCUGUAUUAAGUGGAGCCUAAAGGCUUUCAGCAUGUUCAAACAAGUGACAAACAGUAUGUUAAGGGAUUGUGAUUUUCAAUGUUUCAGUAUUUCUGAAGGAAGGUUUCCAGUGUGAAGAGCUUUGACAACUCUGUUGUGGUUUUCCUUCCUUCAGAUUUUUCUUCCUCGUUGUGAAUUUCUUUCUUUCAUAGGGCAGCAGGGAUCACUGAAACUGAACUGUUAGAAUAGAUGUUUUUAAAUGGGAUAUUAUACACUGCCCUCUAUGCUUUCAGUUGGAUUUCUCUCUUUGACUCUAGAUGGUUACCAUUAAAUAGCAGAUACUGUGAAAAUGUACUCUUAUUUUUCAAAAUAAAGAAUUUGAAAAUAGAAUUUCA